AUGCUUCGUAGUAUUGGACGGUUAUUUAUCCGGAAGAAGGCCCAUUUCCUGUCUGGCCUCGUGCUUCUCGUCAUAGUGGCUUCUAUAGCUGUGAUCACCAGAGGCGAGAACGACGGUGUUAAAGGUGUUUUCAAGGUCCCACUACAAGAGGUGGACACACUCCAGGAUGUGGAAACACCACAAGAGGUGGACACACCACAGGAUGUGAAAACACCACUACACGAGGUGGCUCCGUAUGAGAACGUUAUCAAGUACUUGAGAGACGAAAGACACCUGACUGAGGAGAACUCGAAAGUGUUUAGCAAGGAGCCUGGCAAACAAGACAUAACAGACAUCUUGGACUUCGAUCGUGACCAUCUCAAGGUUAUCUAUCAAGAUAUGAUCGACACUGUCUACAAGAACACUGACUUGGACGGGGUGGACUGGGAGAAACUCGCCUACGUCUUCUAUGCCACCUCUGAGAGUCACGUCUGCAAUGUGUUGAUGAAGUUUGCUGAGCUCAGAAACUAUGGCUCCAGAGCACAGUUUGAGCUCCUUAUUGGCCGUCAUCUCAUGGAUGAGGCGAAGAAGCCUGCUCUGUACAAGCAGCUGACGGACUUUGCAAAACAGCAUAAAGUCAUCUUCAAGCCUGUUGACGUUAUCCACAUGGAAGGUGGGCCAGAGGUUAUCUGGGAAAACGCGUUCACGAAGCUGCUGGUGUUCAACGAGACGCAGUACGAUAGAAUCAUCUACAUGGACUCAGAUGCCGUUUUGCCAAAUGGCCAUAUGGACGAGCUGUUCUUCGUUCCUCCGUGUAGACUGGCUGUUCCUAAUGGUUAUUGGCUCACUGAGUCGCUUCUCCAUAACAAAGCGGAGAGAUAUAACAUGAAGGACUAUGGAUUCGUCCCAAUGACCACAGAGCAGAGACAAGCUAAGAUCGAUGAAAUGGUGAAGACAAACAUCACUGCCUUCCUUGAUCCAAACACUGGUAAAUUACCAGUCUUUAAAAACGGGAAGGCUCCUCUGAAAGACCGUGUCAACGAGAAGAACUUCUACACAAACUUGUUCAACAGUCUUCCAAACGACCCAGUGCUGGACGAGUACCAACUGACCGAUUUCCUGAUGGUUAUUCAGCCUUCGCCAGAGUUAUUCGCCAGAGUUCAACAUUCUUUGGAUAUUAGAACUACAGAGUUCGACAUGGAUCUUAUCCAGAGACAUGUUUUCCCACCACAACCAUGCUUGGAUAUGCAAAAGGAAAGCGGACAGAAAGAUCUCACCUAUGACGACAGACUCGCUGAGGUCCCAGAGAUGAUCGUCCUCCCACAUUCUACGUACGCUGUUCUCACCAUGGAUCUCAACCGUAGAGAUAACCAUGACAUGUUGAUGGCUGAUACUCAAGACCUUGCAUUCAUGAUGCAGCGUCCUGAAAAGCCAAGUGAGGACGUACACUGGUAUUGGGAGAUUGAUCAUUUGCCAAACUUGGCCGACAUCAUCUACGACAAUGUCAAGUACCUUCAUUUCUCUGACCAUCCAAUUCCUAAACCAUGGUUCAAGAAGGACAUUUUCAACGGCUAUAUGGGUGCAAGAUUCAGAUGCCCAAGCCACCCAGACUUCUCCAGCACCGACGGUCGUGUGAAGCCAAGAUGGACAAUCAAUGACUGUGGGCUUGGAGAACGUUGGGAAAGAGCCCAUGAGAUGUUUGCGAAAUCUAGAAAGGAUGUGUGUGGUCUUGACUUGAUCGAGACUGAUAAGGAUACCUACGUCGAGAUCGUCAACUGA